AUGGCGGCAAGAGGUCUCGGGUUCCUCUACUCGGCGGCAGUUCCGGCGGCGAUUGGCUACGGCUUGUUCAAUGCCUCCAUCUACGAUGUCAAGGGUGGCUCCCGGGCGGUCAUCUUCGACCGGUUAUCGGGUGUCAAGGAAACAGUGACUGCCGAGGGUACACACUUCCUCAUUCCCUGGCUGCAGAAGGCCAUCAUCUUCGACGUCCGCACUAAGCCGCGCAUCAUCCCCACGACGACGGGCAGCAAGGAUCUCCAGAUGGUCAGCUUGACGCUCCGAGUACUGCACCGGCCCGAUGUGAGGGCACUGCCCAAGAUCUACCAGUCCCUCGGUCAAGACUACGACGAGCGCGUGCUCCCCUCGAUCGGCAACGAAGUGCUCAAGUCCAUCGUGGCGCAGUUCGACGCCGCCGAGCUGAUCACGCAGCGUGAGGCGGUGUCGGAGCGGAUCCGGCAGGACCUGAUGAAGCGGGCGCGCGAGUUCAACAUUGCGCUCGAGGACGUGUCCAUCACGCACAUGACGUUCGGCAAGGAGUUCACCAAGGCGGUCGAGCAGAAGCAGAUCGCGCAGCAGGACGCCGAGCGGGCGCGCUUCAUCGUCGAGAAGGCCGAGCAGGAGCGCCAGGCCAACGUCAUCCGCGCCGAGGGCGAGGCCGAGAGUGCCGACGCCGUCGGCAAGGCCAUCGCCAAGUCGGGCGACGGUUUGAUUCAGAUCCGGAAGAUCGAGGCGAGCAGGGAGAUUGCGCAGACGCUGGCCAGCAACCCGAAUGUGGCGUACCUUCCGGGCGGCGGCAAGGGGACAAAUUUGUUGAUGAAUGUGGGCAGGCCAUAG